UGCAAACAUUGAAGACUCCUUUCUGCUGGACAAGAAAACUUGUUAGGUGCAAGAGUUUUACAUUCUGUCCAUAACUACCUGAGCUUUGUGAAUGGAUACAGGUUUCAAUAACUAAUGUUUAUUGCUUUCUGAUUUUGCGCCACAUACAGCGUAACAAGGUCAUCUCUAUUCCUUGUAAGGAAUUAAAGUUGGGUUUAUCAUUUACGAAGUGGACUUUGCAAUGAACAUUAAAUUAAUAUCGGCCCAAGGUAUAUGUAGCCGCAAUAUCUAUCGACUUUUGAGGAGGAAUUCAGCAUCGCAAGCAAUAAAGCCGUUCUUUUAUCAAGAUAUAUUGCAGUUGGAGAAACCACCAUAUGCAGACACACCUUUUCGAAAGCUGACGGGUUCGUAGGAGUAUUUUUAAAUACUCAGCGCAUUUAUAGGGGAUCUGGUUUCUUUUAAGGAGUUUGACAAUAUACGGCUUCUGAAAGUCGAUUCGUUGGCACUAACGUUAUUGUCCGAGCAAGCCAUGAUAGACGUUGCUCAUCUGCUAAGACCUGCUCACCUGCAAUCUCUUUCAAAUAUCCUCAAGGAUUCUGAGGCAUCUAGCAACGAUAAGUUUGUCGCACUUGAACUCCUGAAGAAUGCCAAUGUCGCAUGCGGCAUGAUCCUACCUGGUUGUCAGGAUACUGGCACGGCUAUAUGUAUGGGGAAAAAGGGUCAGUUCGUCUGGACAGAUGGGGAUGAUGCAGAAUCUAUUUCACGUGGUGUAUAUAAUACAUACACAUCCAAGUUCCUUCGUUACUCUCAAGUUGCUCCGCUAGAUCUGUUUACGGAAAAAAACACUUGCACUAAUCUACCAGCACAAAUUGAAAUAUAUUCAACGAGCGGCAGCGAAUACAAUUUUUUAUUUGUUGCGAAGGGUGGAGGGUCUGCCAAUAAAACUUUCUUGUAUCAACAGACAAAGGCUCUUCUCAAUCCUAAUAGUUUGUACUCAUUUGUCAAUGAGAAGAUUAAAACGUUGGGAACUGCCGCUUGUCCUCCGUAUCAUUUGGCGGUUGUUAUUGGUGGGACCUCAGCUGAAUUUACUCUAAAAACUGUGAAGCUUGCAUCAUGCAAGUACUUGGACCAUCUUCCGUCAACAGGUAAUGAACAUGGAAGAGCUUUUCGUGAUCGAGAGGCUGAAGAAAAAAUAUUGGAAUUAACUCGGAAAGUUGGGAUAGGAGCACAGUUUGGGGGAAAAUACUUCUGUCAUGAUGUACGGGUAAUCCGCUUGCCCAGACAUGGAGCAUCAUGUCCCGUUGGUAUUGGCGUCUCUUGUUCUGCAGAUAGGCAGAUUCUGGGAAGAAUAACUAAUGACGGAGUUUUUCUUGAGCAGUUAGAAAGUGAUCCAUCUAAAUAUUUACCUGAUCCAUCUUUUAAUCAACUUCCGACUGAUGUUGUGAAAGUGAAUCUAAAUCUCCCAAUGAAAGAAAUUUUAGCUGAACUUUCUAAGUACCCAAUCAAAACUCGUUUAUCACUAACUGGGACUUUAGUUGUCGCUCGUGAUAUCGCCCAUGCAAAGAUCAAGGAACGUCUUGAUUCUGGCCAACCAAUGCCUGACUAUUUACGUAAUCACCCAGUAUAUUACGCUGGUCCAGCUAAAACACCUAUGAAUUAUCCUAGUGGGUCUUUUGGACCAACCACAGCUGGUCGCAUGGAUUCUUAUGUUGAUCAGUUUCAACAGGCUGGAGGAAGUAUGAUUAUGUUGGCCAAAGGUAACAGAUCAAAAGCUGUGGCAAAUGCAUGUAAAAAACAUGGAGGCUUUUAUCUAGGUUCAAUUGGUGGUCCAGCUGCAAUUCUUGCUCAGAAUUGUAUAAAAAAAGUUGAAGUUCUUGAAUAUCCUGAACUAGGUGUGUUAAAUAUCUUAUUAAAUUAAGCUAUUGUUUUAUUUUGAGAAUUUUCAUCACUUAAACUAAUUCUUUGUAAUUGAUAAUUUAGGGAAGAGAAUUUUUAUUUUUAAUCUGUUCAAUCUUGACAAGUAGGCUUAUCUAUAAAACUUAAAUUGUCGAUUAUCUAACAGUCAAAUUUAUUCAAGAUUCUCUUCAUAUAUGUAUUAAGUUAUUGUUGUUCCUUAAAUUGAAAAGGUUUUAUCACGUAGGUUUUUUUUUAAAUAUUAAACUGUAGAAACAGUAUAGAAAAUUCGACUUGAUCUUAAUUUUUGUAAGUUGAGACAAGUCAUACCCUUGUUACUUGUUUUACGUUCAAGGAAGCUGCUUUAGUUAGGUUCAUCAUUAGCAAUCAAGUCAGAAUUUCAUAUGUCGCCAUAUUUGUUUAAUAAAUCGUCGCGCUUUUUCAAAAAAACAGAUGCAGUUUAAACUACUGUGUUCCUUGUGACUAUUGCGUCAAGAUGUCCAUUUUUUAGUCACGGUAGCUACUUUUCUAAGUACUAAUCUUCAUUACUAUUUUUGUUAUUUCCUAUUAAGAGGAAAGAGAAUGAAUAAUUCCAGUGUCAUAAUUGAAAUUGCAAGAAUCCUCAUUACUACACAGGAAUGGAGGCCAUUUGGCGUGUUGAAGUUGUGGAUUUUCCUGCUUUCAUAGUUAUCGAUGAUAAAGGCAAUGAUUUCUUUAAAGAAUGGCAAGUAGAAUGAAAAAGAAACUAAUUGGCGAAAUACUUUUAAAAAAUAUCUGAAAGUUUUUCUUUCUAAUUUCAUUUAUUGGUUUAUCAAUUUAUCUGGUCAUAUCUAUUUUCAUUGUUUAAUUUUUUUGUUGGAACUUGUUCUUUAAUUGUGAAUACAAGUCAUUCACAAUAUACAGCUACUCAGAUUACUCGAGAUAUUGCUCAGUCUUAACACAACCACAAAUAUUCUGUUAUUAAGCAAAGAAAGGGGAUUUAUGCAGUCAAGAAUAUCUCACGACAAUUAAGGGCAGUUUUCAGAAUCAUAUGAACUUUCAUCAGGGGAAAAAACUUCGAGGUGUCGAUUAAUCAAUGUAAAGGUCAACUAUGUAAAAUAU